AUCAAUUAUAAUUCUGCUAAAGGAGCGAAAGUGAAUCGUUCAACGUUCAAUUACAUGUGAUGACUACUUCCCGAGUUAUUCGUGGCACUAGGGCCAAAAUAUUCUUGUACCUUUGUGCCAUUUUAGUGAUAGUAGGAAUUAUAGCCUGCUACAACAAUACCCUUUCACAACUAGAAGAUGUAAAAAAAGGCAAUGAUAUCUGCCACCAGCAAGAAGAAAACUUGUCUACACAAUUGCAAGUUAUCUCAGAAUAUAAACAGCGCCUGGAAAAAAGUCUGAAGACUGAAAAAGCUGAGCACCAAAAAACUAAAAAUUCUCUAGAAAACCAACUCAAGGAUGAAAAAAAUAAAAAUGAUAAGGACUCUGCUGAUUCAAAGAUGAAACUAUCAUCCUUGCAGCAACAUUUCAAUUUACUGCAGACUGAAUAUGACGAUUUCAAAGAAGAAUCAAGCAAGAAUCAAAAAGCACAGCAAGAAAUUGUCAAUAAUUUGGAAGCCAAACUGAAUGAGCUUAAAGAGGAGAUGAAAAAAGUCAAGGCUUCCAAAGAAGGUCUGAAAUCUCAGUUUAUUGAGCUACAAAUUGAGAAGGAACGUAUUGAGAAAGAGGCACAAGACAAUUUGGGCAAUCAGAAUGAAAAAGAAAGUGAUAUCAAGCAUCUGACUAAAGAGAACAGAGAACUGACUAGAGAAAUUGAGAGUUUGAAGGCCAGAUGUUCCAGCCAGGACACUUUACCUGAGCCUAAGGCAGCUGUUGAAAUAUCCUCCUCCAGAAAUUUCAAUAAAAUGUCCCCUGUGAGCUCAGAAGUAUAUCAAAUCAACAAGAACCUCCCAGAAUCUAACAAUCUGAACCCAGACAAGGUAGACCAAAACCAAAAUGUCCUGGCAGCUCCCAGUGGGGACAACCUCAAAGCCCCAUCUUCUAGCUCAUCCACCAAAAUGGGUUCAAAGCCUUCCCAGGCCAAUUUGAAUGCUGCCAAGCCUCUGCAGGGCCCUGUGACCCCAGAGACAGAUCCUAGGGAUGUGGUGUUCAAAGUGCCUGAUGGGGUUGUCCCAAUGCCAGAAACUAAGGAGAAGGAUCAGCCUGUAGAGAAUGCUAGGUAUCAGAGUGCUAGGGAGAGUGUUAAGGAAGUUGCUGCAAAACCAGUGAAAGAAGACGCGGAAAAUGCGGCCCAUGAAGUUUUCGAUUCGCCCCUCGGUCAAAACAACGGUUACGAUGCCCUCGUAUUCGGCGAUAAUGAUCACAUGAGGAACGUGAACAUUCCACUUCCGAUCGAAAAAAAACAUAUCGACACGCUCGGCAACGACCAAGCCGACUACAAGGAUUUGCAAAAUGAUGCGCAGUUGGAAGAAAACGAGGAAGAUGAUGAUGCCGAUGGAUAUGACGACCGUGGAGCUAGACAAAAGGAGCCUGCAGUUAGAAACUAAUUUUUUUUAAAGGGAUUAGAAAAAACUUUACCAUGUACAUUUUUUCACAUUAUCUGGUUUCCAAAACAAUAAUUUCUCGCCAUCGAGAAAUGUCCAGAGAUUUCAGAGUAUUUAUGGAAAAUAUGGUCACUCUAGUAGGGAUGUGAUGUCUCGAGCUUUAUUUUUGUGGAAAAUUAUUGGUUUUGUUAUGCAAUAUUUAUCAGAUAUAGAAUCAAUGCAGUAUUUUUUGUCUUGCCUUUCAUAAUCUGACGAAUUGCUGGUUGGAAUUUCAGUUGAAAUUUGUAUAUAUAGGUACCAAGUAAUUUUAUAAGUCUAUAGGAUAAUGCAAUAAUUCUAAAGCUACUCUAAAGGGAUUAUGCUGGUUCAAUGUUGUAUUUUCUUGGUUGUGAUUGGUUGGCAUUCAUUUUUUCAAAUCCCUUCUCUGUUUUAAUUUUUUUUUAUUACAUUUUUCAAUAUUGUCACUUCUACACAUUUCAUCAUAUUUUUGAUUCCUCUGAAUGUUUGUUUAUCGUUCACAUGCAGGAGAAUUAAUCGUCGUAGGAUCUAUGUUUUUCUAGUUGUUUAAUUUUUUUGUUGGGAAUGCGAAAAAGUAUUAACUCAUUGCUCAACGAAAUUGGGAAAUUUGAUUGAAGGGAAAACGAUCAAAUUUGUGCAUUUAUUAUCAUCUUUACUAUCGAAUUAUUUAUCAAUUGUGGUGUCUCUAGUUUUAAUGCCAUUGGCGUUAUUUUGAUGUUGGAUUUUUAUAUUGUUUUAUAUGUCGACAUGUAUUAUAAUAAAUGUUAUAAAUUG